GAUAGAUAACAUCAUCUUGUUAUCAUAUCAAUUAAAAGAAAAGUAAAAUAAAAACAUUGAAAAUUAAUAAAUUAAUUUAUAGGUUAAACGUUAAACGUUUCUAUAGAAACUUGAACUGAUUCUUCAUAUAUAGAUCAAACCUGUGAACCCGUUGCUUUAACAAAACGUUAUUUCUUCGUACGUGUUUUCGAAAUUGAAAAAUAAAAUGCUAAACAAUCGUCCACUUGAAUUAGUUCCUCCACCUCCAUUGAAGUUUACUUUAUAUCAGUGGCAUCUAAAUAAUCGUCAUAGGUAUCGAUGUUCAGAAGCGCAACAAGAAUUAGCAGAUCGAUUACUUAAUGAAUCUCAACGUAUUUGUGAAUUGAGUUCUGAAACAAUAAAAAAUAAUAAAGAAGAAACAGAUCAUAGACUUAAGAAAAAAUUGGAGAUAUAGAAUUUCGUAAAAAGGAAUUAUUACGUAUAAGAAAAGAAGUUAUCCUUGAAAUUGAUACUUUAUCGAUAUAUA